ACCAGUGUCACGUACCGGACCGGAGGCUGUAAUAGAGAGAGGGCUCCCCUUACGGCUAAGUGCAGUGCGCCCCUGGAGGUGGAAACAGGAGGUGCAGUGCCUAAAGAAGCAUGGGUUGCCAGUGGUAUUGCUGCUUGGAAAUGCCUGAUGAGAUGGAACCCGUGGGUGCUCCAGUUGCAGGAUACGUUUCUCCAGAGAACACGUGGAUCCCGAAGGAUGGGUAGAGUAGUCAGUAGCCAGAGCCAGGAUCAAUAUGGAACAGCAGACAGGAGCAACGUCAGGAUCAAGCCGGGGUCAUACACAGAGCAG